CAAGCAACUCGAUCGAGAGCCUCCGCUCCGCACCUUCAGCUGCAGCUCCACCUCCCCUCUGGUUUCCAACUCAACUUUCCGUGCCUCUGUCUCCUUCCCCGUCUUUCGUCCGUUCUUAUAUACAGGCGAUUAUACCGCAUGCCUGGUAUUCUCGCAGCUUUUUAAAGGCCUCCGAUAACCUCCGCAAUCCCCCUCAUCCUGUGCUGCUGCCACCACCACCACCACCAUGUCCAAGUCCACCAAAUACCUCCUCGUCUCUCUCCCCACCUCCAUCACCCCUUCCCACCACCGCGACGACGCACUCGACGCCGUCUCUACCACCGUCGCUCCUGAAAAUGGCUCCGUCGCCCCGUUCCCCAUUCCUGAAUUCAAGAUCGGUACACUGGAUGCCUUAGUGCAACAGGCCGAUGAGUUGGCCAAGCUGGAGGCUGCCUGCCAGGGGGUCGUCGCCAAGGUCGGCGAUGCGCUGAAGAACAUUCUGGAGGGCGACGAGGCGCAGAUCGACAAGAUGAAGACCGUGAACGAUAAGCCGGUGGACCAAUAUCUACGCACAUUCUCCUGGAACAAAGUCAAGUAUCGAGCCGAUAAGCCUCUCGGGGAGUUGAUUGAUUUGCUACAAAAGGAGGCCGCCAGUAUUGAUAACGAUAUUCGCACGAAAUAUACCCAGUACAACCAGGUAAAGAAUACACUGGCGACGCUUCAACGGAAGCAGACAGGUAAUCUGUCCACUAAGUCACUCGCCUCGGUCGUCGACCCUCGCAUCCUCGUCCAGGAUUCUGAAUACAUCGAGACGCACCUCAUCGCUGUGCCCGCCCAGCAGAUCAAGGAAUUCCUCAAGACCUACGAGACUGUUGCUCCGAUGGUGGUGCCGCGGUCGGCCACACUGGUCGCCUCGGACAACGACUUUACCCUGUACGCCGUCACGACGUUCAAGAAGCACAGCGUCGAAUUUGUACACAAGUGCCGUGAGAGCAAAUGGAUCCCGCGCGACUUCAAGUACGUGGCCGGUGGCAAGGAGGAGGAACGGAGGGAGGUCGAGCGCGUGGGCGGCGACGAGCGCAAGCUCUGGGGGGAAACGCUCCGGCUGGGCCGGACGGCGUGGAGCGAGGCGGUCAUGGUCUGGAUCCACGUGCUGGUGCUGCGGGUGUUUGUGGAGACGGUGCUCCGAUACGGGCUGCCGUUGGACUUCGUCUGCACUUUGAUCCGGACUACGAGCUCAAAACAAGCGGACAAGGCGAAACACAACCUGGACGACAAGUACUCGUACCUGGCGGGCAAUGCAUUCGGACGCGACAAGAAGGGACGGGUGAAGCGCGAUGAUCCGAGCGAGAUGCACGGUGAGGGUGCUGCAGCGGCGGACUACACAGCAUAUGUGUAUUAUGACUUUGAGUUCCAGUGAUUGGGGUCAUUGUCAAUUGUUCUCGUUUUCUGUCUGGUUGUGCGUCUUCGUGUGAAUAUGUAUAGCGUACAUAGAGUCGAAUGCAUGCUUAUCGAGCCAA